AGACAAAGUAUUAGAAUGGCAUAAAAUAUGGCACAGUUCUACUACAAAAGAAGUGUCAAUGCUCCCUACAGAGAUCGUAUCCCUCUUCGUAUCGUACGGGCAGAAUCUGAACUGUCACAUGCAGAAAAAGCCUAUCUGAAUGCCGUGGAGAAAGGAGAUUAUGCCAGUGUAAAGAAAGCUUUAGAAGAAGCAGAAAUUUAUUUCAAGAUCAAUAUUAAUUGCAUUGAUCCCCUGGGAAGAACUGCGCUCCUUAUUGCAAUUGAAAAUGAGAACCUUGAGCUCAUUGAGUUGCUCUUAAGUUUUAAUGUAUACGUUGGAGACGCUCUGUUGCAUGCCAUACGAAAGGAGGUAGUUGGUGCCGUGGAGCUGCUGUUAAACCACAAGAAGCCCAGUGGGGAGAAACAGGUGCCACCAGUGCUUCUGGACAAGCAGUUUUCGGAAUUUACACCAGAUAUCACACCCAUUAUUCUGGCUGCCCACACCAACAAUUAUGAAAUCAUAAAGCUCCUUGUGCAGAAAGGGGUCUCUGUGCCCAGACCACAUGAGGUUCGCUGCAACUGUGUCGAAUGUGUCUCGAGUUCAGACGUGGACAGUCUCCGCCACUCUCGAUCCAGACUUAACAUCUACAAGGCUCUGGCAAGCCCGUCGUUGAUUGCUUUGUCCAGUGAGGAUCCUUUUCUUACUGCUUUUCAGCUGAGCUGGGAACUGCAGGAACUAAGUAAAGUCGAAAAUGAAUUCAAGUCGGAGUAUGAGGAACUGUCUCGGCAGUGCAAGCAAUUUGCAAAAGAUCUCCUGGAUCAGACACGGAGUUCCAGGGAAUUGGAAAUUAUUCUUAAUUACAGAGAUGAUAAUAGCUUGAUAGAAGAACAAAGUGGUAAUGAUCUUGCAAGAUUGAAACUGGCAAUUAAGUACCGUCAAAAAGAGUUUGUUGCUCAACCCAACUGCCAGCAGCUGCUCGCAUCCCGCUGGUACGAUGAGUUCCCCGGAUGGAGGAGGCGACACUGGGCUGUGAAGAUGUUGACAUGUGUUGUGAUAGGACUCCUUUUCCCAGUCUUCUCUGUGUGCUACCUGAUAGCUCCCAAAAGCCCAUUGGGGCUGUUCAUCAGAAAGCCAUUUAUCAAAUUUAUCUGCCAUACUGCAUCCUACUUGACUUUUCUGUUCCUGCUGCUUCUUGCCUCUCAGCACAUUGACAGGUCAGACUUGAGCAUGCAGGGACCGCCACCAACCAUCGUCGAGUGGAUGAUAUUACCGUGGGUCCUGGGUUUUAUCUGGGGCGAAAUUAAACAGAUGUGGGAUGGUGGACUGCAGGACUACAUUCAUGAUUGGUGGAACCUCAUGGAUUUUGUAAUGAACUCCUUGUACUUAGCAACAAUCUCUUUGAAAAUUGUUGCAUUUUCAAAGUACAGCGGGUUAGUUCCACGGGAGAGCUGGGACAUGUGGCAUCCAACCCUGGUGGCUGAGGCCCUGUUUGCAAUUGCAAACAUCUUCAGCUCCCUACGCUUGAUCUCAUUAUUCACUGCAAAUUCUCACCUGGGACCUCUGCAGAUAUCUCUAGGAAGAAUGUUGCUGGACAUUUUGAAGUUUCUCUUCAUAUACUGCCUUGUGUUGCUGGCUUUUGCAAAUGGAUUGAACCAGCUGUACUUCUACUAUGAGACGAAUGAACCCGGCAACUGCAAAGGAAUACGAUGUGAAAAACAGAAUAAUGCAUUUUCAACACUAUUUGAAACACUGCAGUCAUUAUUCUGGUCUAUAUUUGGACUGAUCAAUCUCUAUGUGACCAACGUGAAAGCAAGGCAUGAAUUUACUGAAUUUGUUGGGGCCACCAUGUUUGGUACUUAUAAUGUAAUCUCUCUGGUUGUUCUACUCAACAUGCUAAUAGCCAUGAUGAAUAAUUCUUAUCAACUUAUUGCUGAUCACGCAGACAUUGAGUGGAAGUUUGCUCGAACAAAGCUCUGGAUGAGUUACUUUGAAGAAGGAGGAACUCUGCCCACUCCUUUCAAUGUCAUACCAAGCCCAAAGUCUCUGUGGUAUCUGAUCAAAUGGUUAUGGAGACACAUCUGUAAGAAAAAAAUUAGAAGAAAGCCUGAAAGUUUUGGAACAAUAGGGGUAAGCCCUCUCCAUAGGCGUGCAGCUGACAAUCUGAGAAGACAUCAUCAAUACCAGGAAGUUAUGAGAAAUCUAGUUAAGAGAUAUGUUGCAGCAAUGAUAAGAGAUGCCAAGACUGAGGAAGGACUCACAGAGGAAAAUUUUAAGGAGUUAAAACAAGAUAUUUCCAGCUUUCGUUUUGAAGUCUUGGGUUUGUUAAAAGGAAGCAAGUUGUCUAGUCUGCAGAAUCCAAAGAUGAACAAAGACACUGCCUCUCUGUCAGAAAAUGAAGAAAAUAGUGAGAGUGAAGGAAACAUGAAAGCAAAGAAGAAGACCUUCAGCCUUUUUGACAUAACAACAAUGAUUCACCCAAAAUCAGCCACUAUUGCCUCUGAAGCACACAAUGUAAGCAAUGGCUCAGCAAUGAUGGUGUCAGAGUCCACUAAGGAGAAACAAAAGCGUGUCAAUUUUGUAACAGACAUAAAAAGUUUUGGGUUAUUUCACAGACGAUCAAAAACAAACUCUGUGGAGCAGAGUACAAAUAAAAUAUACACCGUUUCUGAAGAAGUUUCCCGUCAACAGGCAGAAGAACAGUGUGAGAAAAUUACUGAACUGCAAGAGGGAGAGCAGACCAUGAACUGUGAAUUAAACAUUCAAAGUCCUGAUGAAAAGUUCACGUUAGCUGAAUCAGAAAGUAACGGUGACUCUUCAGAUUCGCUGGAAGAGGCAAGUAUUUGUGCUUCAGAGACGGAGAAAGUGGAGUUACAGAACUCAGAACCAGCCACACCCCAGGAUCAGCUGGACAAGGAGUUUGACAUUAGCAUUAACUGUGAUGGGAAACAGGAAACAAUUGAGCAGGGUGAUUAUGUGAUAACAAGGUUGUGAUGCUUAUAGGAGAAACCAUUUACAAAUAUAUAUAUUUUGCAUAGUGCUUGGGGGGGGGGAGAAUGUUUUAAGAAUUAUAUUAGCAAUGGCUGAAUUACACUUUCUAGUAUUCAACUGUGGCACAUGAUCUUGUAACAUAGUAGUCAAGAGAAAGAUAAUAUGGGGACCUUCUGUUUUGU